UCAUUCCUUUCUAAAAUAACAUUGUAAACCAACAGGCUUCUCUGCCUAAAUGGUGCUUUUUUUCCCUGUCAGUCAUGCAUCAGCUUGUUACUCCAAACUGACUUGGUAGCUUUUGGCUGCUGGAGAGGAUGUGUGUGCAUAUGCAUCUGUGUUCAAAACACUGUGAGGACAUAAUCCUACAAGGUCUUUGUGAGGUUUGCAGGGUGCCACCUAAGCAACUGUGUCGGUGCAGUCAGUCUCACAGUGUGAAUGCUUGGAAAGGCAUGGACACCAGGGACCCGAGCCAGUGAUCUAGAUGACAUGGAAACCAGUAUGAACAGAGCCUGGGGCAGAGGUAGUCAUACAGGUAUCGUGCACCGAUAGUCCUGUGUGAUAGUUAGCAUUUCUCUCUGCUCAGUGGCACUCCAGGAUAGGUGAUGGCUGGUAUUGCAGAAAGUCCUGGCUGUACGCCAACCGCUGGCUGUCUUCUUCCAUCCGCUUCUCAAGGGCCCAUUAGGGCCCCGAUCCUGGUCACUGACCUGACCAGCACACCCCUACUGCAGAAGAGCACCCCCCCAUACUCUACUGCUGCCCCCAUGGGCCCAAGCGACAAAGAGCUGUAUACUCCAAAAGAACCACUAAUUUUGUUUGCCCAAGUAUGGACAUUUAGGGCCUGAUUUUUUUAUUUAUUUUUUUAGCCCCACAGCUGCUAAUUGACUUUCAUUGGAGCCUUGGCAUGUUUGAGAAUGAGGCGCUGGGUAUCUCCAGUUGGGCACUCGAAAUCAGAGCCCAUUUAUGAAAGCAUGCCCCCACCUCCCCUACAUAACUGGCCUGGGUGAGGCAUGCGGUUCCAGGCUCAGCUCUGCGAAGGGGAAACUCAAAUCUCGUGUUUCUCAGGAUGAUGAAACCAUUCAAGUGCUCAGGAAGUGCUGAGGCUGCCAGGCAUGGCCGAGCGCUUCUGUUUCCCUGUCCUGCUCCAUUUCGCAGCACAGCCUGAAUGCAAAGGGAAAGCAUUGCCCCAUCAGCGGUACCGUCACGCUAGAAAUGUGGAGGAAGAAGGCGUGUUUUCAGGGGCCGAGUGACAGCCGGUGCUGCAAUUCGGCGCUGCCCAAGCGUGUCCCUGCUUGUGUGACUAGCAGUGUGGCAGAGAGCAGGGACUGGCAUCACCAACCCGAGGAUGGUGGCGGGGCAGCCCCUGGGACAAACCCAUGGGUGAUUUUUGCAAUAGGCUGGCUUUGCUGAGGCCGACGCUGGGGAUGGACAACCUCACUGCGCCUGCCGGGGGGAAGAGCAACUGCACCUUCCAUGAAGAGUUCAAGCAGAUCCUGCUGCCCGUGGUCUAUUCGGUGGUCUUCGUGGUGGGGCUCCCCCUCAACCUCGUCGUCAUCGGGCAGAUCUGGGCGUCCCAGAAGGCGCUGACCCGCACCACCAUCUACAUGCUGAACCUGGCCACGGCCGACCUACUGUACGUGUGCUCGCUGCCCCUCCUCAUCUACAACUACACGCAGAAGGACUACUGGCCCUUCGGCGACUUCACCUGCAGGUUCGUGCGUUUCCAGUUCUACACCAACCUGCACGGCAGCAUCAUGUUCCUCACCUGCAUCAGCGUCCAGCGCUACCUGGGCAUCUGCCACCCGCUUUCCACCUGGCACAAGAAGCGGGGCAAGAAGUUCACCUGGCUGGUGUGCGGCGUGGUGUGGCUCGUCGUGGUGGCCCUGUGCUUGCCCACCUUCGUCUUCGCCUCCACGGGCACCCAGAGGAACCGGACUGUGUGCUACGACCUGAGCCCGCCCGACCGCUCGGCCAGCUACUUCCCUUACGGCAUCGCGCUGACAGCCAUGGGCUUCCUCAUGCCCUUCACCUCCAUCCUGGUGUGCUACUGCAGCAUGACACGGAUCCUGUGCCAGAAGGAUGAGAUGAUCGGGCUGGCCGUGCGGCAGAAGAAGGACAAAGCGAUCCGCAUGAUCAUCAUCGUGGUCAUCGUCUUCGCCAUCAGCUUCUUCCCCUUCCACCUCACCAAGACCAUCUACCUGAUCGUCCGCUCCUCCCCCAGCGUGGACUGUGAGGUCCUGCAGGCCUUUGCCAUCCCCUACAAGUGCACCCGCCCCUUUGCCAGCAUGAACAGUGUCCUGGACCCCAUCCUCUUCUACUUCACCCAGCGCAAGUUUCGCGAGAGCACCCGGUACCUGCUGGACAAGAUGAGCUCCAAGUGGCGGCACGACCGGUGCAUCACCUAUGGGUCCUAGGCACCAAGGAGAGGGGUAACUCAGAGGUCGAGAGAUUGUGGCUUCCAGGAGCCUGCAACGCCCAGCCACAGGGAGGAAAAGCAAGGGGCAGGGGCUGAUUCUCCUGGGUGCAAGGCUGGCAGCCGGGGGCUUCUGAACUCUAAUUGCAGCUAUCACCUCCAUUCCCUCUCUGGCCACUUGUGCCUCAGUUUUCCCACCUGGGACAUGCAGAGCAUGCCUCUGCGUGGAAUAGGUGAUCCCCUACUGACCUGCCUUGUGGGGAGGGGGGUGGAGGGAGGAUCUGGAUAAGGCUGUGAUGAUGGAGAGCGCCAGGAGCAGCUGGCUGUUGAUGUCCCCCAUGCAACGUGAGCUAAAAGAGGCCCCUUGGGACAUGAAGGGAAGCAUGGCCAGGACUGUGCAUGGCAUGACAAGGGGCUCAAAGGCGGUAUUUAGGUCUACGACUCUCUCUCCACAAUGCACUGCAGCCCUGGGGCCCCUGCUGUGCGCAGUGGAGGGGCUGCUCAGUAUUGGCCUCCAGCCUCUGAGGGACUGGUGGGUCCAUCCCCGUGGUCUCUGGAAGGCCGGCACCCACGUGCGGGGCUGGGGUUGUGAACCCUGCCAUGAACCAGGAGGAUGAUCGUGGUCAGGGUGGGCCCGAUGAGUUGGGCCCAAUGAGUUUUGUUCUCAGCGAGGCAUUAAACCAGCUUGGGAAGCCGGGUGUUUUGCAAGCCGCUCUGGGCUUCACAGAAGUGCUCCAGCUUGCCCUGAAAACUGUCGGCCACUUUACAGUGACAUAUACACCGUGGGACAACUCCUUAGUUGUUUCUUCCCCGUGUCAAUGCCUGAUCCCUCUCAGUACUCAGCACCUGGUGAUGGGGGAGGUGGGCAAGGAGUAUUGUGGGCCUGGUUGGUGCCCCCGCCAGUACAUCACUAACUCGUCUCAGCUUUCCUGAGAGGAACAUUGACUUGUAGACACAAUGAAAACUUGCAACAAGAGGUCUCCUCAGAUCUCAGGAGACUACUACGGCAUCGGGAAGGCAGAAAAAGGACAACUCUGAUGGGAGAAUAUUCAGUUUUAUUGAUGGAGAACAAUGAGGUCAGAAAGGAAACUGCCCAUUCAGAUC